AGGCUAAGGACUGCAAUUCCAUCCAGCCUAGUUCAUUUCAGUCAUCCGCUCAGUGCACAGACGGGACAAGGGGGAGAGCAAUUUCAGCGCUGCGCAUUUGUCAAAGCCCCAAAUCCAAAAAACUAAAUACAAAAAAACAAAGAGAAGAGAAAAAAACAAACGCUUAAAGUUCAAAAUGGUAAAGUACAUGCGGCAGCACAGCGAGCUGAAACCAGAAGAGGUCCUGUCGGAGUCUGAUGCGUCCAUGGACCAGCAGGAUUUCGGAGAGAUGUCCGACUAUUCUUUCAGCGACGUUUUCUACUCCAAAUGUUCCGCAAUGGACCAAAUCGACACUUUCAUGAAGAACGUGCAAGUGCUGCUCGAUGCGGCCGAUUACAUUGAAAAUGUCGAGAAGAACAACGGAAAAUGUGAGCAUGGGUAUGCCUCAUCAUACCCUGCAACUCAGAUUGCACAUCAACAGAAGCAGCGCAAAUUCAAGAACAGGAAGUUGGACAAUAUACACAAUAGAUCGGCACACAAUGAACUGGAAAAGAAUAGGCGAGCACAUCUCCGCCUCUGUUUGGAGAGGUUGAAGUCUCUCAUCCCUCUGGGACCAGACUGCAGUCGGCACACCACACUGGGACUGCUCAACAAGGCCAAAGCACACAUCAAGAAACUUGAAGAGACCGACCGGAGGAGUCAGCACCAGCUGGAGACCCUGGAGAGGGAGCAGCGGCACCUGCAGAGGCAGCUGGCUCAGCUGCAGUCUCACGGAGAGAGGGAGAGGGUUCGCACCGACAGCCUGGGCUCCCGCCUGGACUCGGAUCGCUCGGAGUCGGACAGAGAGGAGAUCGAAGUGGAUGUGGAAAGCACCGAGUUCUCCCAUGGAGAAAUGGACAGUGUAAGCACCAGUGGUGCAAGCGACCUGGACGACCACAGCAGCCGGCAGAGCUCCGCCAGCGACGAGGGCUACUCCACCUGCAGUCUAAAACUGGCCUUCUCUGCUUAAAGCACCAGCCUAUAUUUAUACCUAAGCUGCAGUCUUUUAAGGCUUUCACUCUUCAAAGUACCAGCCUACAGCUCAAACCACCCCUAACAGUUCAAACGUCCGGCUCCACAUUUUCCUGACAAACAAAAAAACCCCCAAGAACCAGCCUUAUGUCCGACUCACUCUGAAGGUUUAAAAAUCGUCUCCAGGUGGGCUCCGCUCGACACAGAGCAGCAGCUCUCUGAUUGUCAGGAGUUGACUAAAUCAAUGUCUUGAAAGUCCCUUUACUCCUUACCAACUUGAAUCAGCCACGCCUGCGCACAACAGAGCAUCCAUGACGACACAAGAGUCAAACACUCAAAGAGAAACGCUCUUAGUCAAGUUGAUCCUAUGAAACCAGCAAAACACACACACACACAUUAAAAAAAAAAAAAAAAAAACACCUAAAUACCAGCUAGAGGCUCACCAUUGGAAACAUUUGCUCCAUCUGCCUUGUAAAACUUUGCCCUUUUUUCUUUGGAUAGAUAUAUCCAGACAGCACUUCUGGCAAGGGCUACGACGUCUGCAUUCCAAACUGUUAAUCUCACUCAUUUAAAGCUCUGCUUGAAGACCCACGACCACCACCAGCCCAGCGUGGAACAGUCGAAUACAAACCAGUGGCGUAAUCCACUCUUAUUCUAAUUUAUUUUGCAUAUUAUAGUAUUUAUUUUUGGUAUAUUUAAUUGUACUGUAGCUAGGUCAUGCUUGAAUGGUAACAAACCUGUUUUUUUUUUUUUUUUUUUGGAAAUAUGUUUAUGAAAUGUACUUCAUGAAAACGCUCCACUGACGCAUUGCUUUGGGUUUGACGCAUUUCUCAGUGUUUUGUUGAAACGAAUGCUCUCACACUGUGUGCAACUUCGACUCAUUUAGACAGGAAUAAGCUAUCUCGCACACGUCCAAGCACAAAGCUGAAGCAAUAACGCAUCUAGUUUCUUUCUUUAACGUUGGCUGGGUUUUAGCACAUUGUCCUGUCCGUCCAACUGAAAUUUCCAGAUCAGUUCUCCACUCGCUCCGGUAGUUGUAUCAGCUACUAAUAAUCAGCAGUAAAACAUGAUUGUAAUUGAUUUUAAAUGCUAUGGUGCAUGUGUAUUGAAUGUAGCCUUUCUAAUCAUGUCGUAAUGUGCUUUGGAAUCGACAAGUCCUUUAAAAAGAAAAAAAAAAAUGUCUGUAGCAUGAACAGAAACACUACAGAAGACUAAUUUCGGUUUGUAUAUCAGGUGUUUAAUACUGUAUUUUUUUUUUUUUUGUAUUGUAGCAGAAAGUGUACAAGUUCAAAACCCUUGAAAUUUGGAGACCUUUCAUUCACUGACGUUUUCAUGUGUUUUCAGCUCAAAGAAUUGCACUGCUGACCUGUUUGAAUCCAAGAAACCAAAAAAGACAUUUCAAUAAGACAAUUUAUUUGCAUCCUUCCGGUUCCCAGUCCUAAGUAGAUCACCACCAAAUUGUGUCUUAAAUGGGUAUAUGAGUCUUGCACAACGUUCCUUGUUACAGGUCUUUUAUCCCUCUCCUGCCCAAAGUGUUUGGGAAAGCUAUAAAAUGCACUAUGAGAAAAAAAAAAAAAAAAAAAAAAGACUUUUGUUAAGAAAGUAUGUUGAAGCACACCCCAGAAUGUUUCCUCUUGUGCUCAAUCAGCCAUCCGACGGUGACUUUACUGCAAAACAUGUGCUGCUGGUCCCCUGCUCGUACUUUGUUACAAUUCCUGGUAACUAUUCCUGAAAUCUUAAUAAAACUCUAAACA